AUGAAUGAGCCGCGGCAUUAUGACAGCCCACCCAUCUGUAGCCCUCCCUAUACUACUACCUCCAAUCGAUUCUACACCCACAGGAGCAUGCACUCCCCAAAUAGCAACUUCUAUAUGGAGGAGAUGCCCCAGCACUUUUACAAAUGGUUCUCUGCUCCUGGGCUUGUCAAAACCAUGGAGGGAGCCACAGUCAUCAUGCGUUUCCUAAUUUUUGCCUGUGUAGCCUCCAUGUUGGUCUGGGACAUGCACAGAGCAGGAAUAGGAAUGGGCUUUAUAGGGGCUGGCAGUGGCUCUGGUGGAUUCUACGGAAACAGCUACAGCUAUUCCAGCUCCUACAUGACCCGCUACUCGUCUAAGUCAGCCAUGAUAUCCAUUGAGGCCAUUAACUUCCUGGUUUCUCUGGGGUUCCAUGUGGGGAGUUUCUCUCGGUCGCUUGCCAUAUGCAGUAGGAGGUUUUACCUGACCAUGUUAAUCUGUGAUGUGGUCCUGGCAAUGCUGCAGGGCAUCAUUGACAUUGUAUUUGGGAUCGGGGUCAACCCCAUGUCACAGAGCUCUCAAAGCAUGCUCUAUAACCCUAUGCUGAUGAUGUGCCAGAACAUGAAGGGAAGCCCCGGUCUGAGUGGGAGUGUGGGAGCGGGGUUCCCCGGGGUUUUCCCCAUGUACAACCAGUAUCUCCAACACUACUGCUACAUGGACCCUGAAGAGGUGGGUCUAAGCUAGGGCUGACACGGUAAUUGUAUAAUUGUGCAACCGACGAUUAUGGAUGAAGACAUUAAAAUAUCCCACUGGGCAAAAACUGAUUGAAUCAACAUUGUUUCCACGUCAUUUCAACCCCAAAAAUCUAUGUGAUUACAUUGAAUCAAUGUAGAAAACUGAUUGGAUUUACAAAAAGUCAUCAACGUAAGGGCAUUAAAACGUUUUUUUACCCAACUUUGAACAUAAAUCCAAUGACAUGAUUACAUUUUUUGUUGAUUUCACGUUGAAUUCACGUUAGUUGAAAACUCAACCAAAUGUAAAUCAAAACUAGAUGUUGAACUGACUUCUGUGCCCAGUGGGAUAUAUAUAUAUAUGUUUUUUAUGAACUUCAUUUUCAAGUCAACAAACUUUACCUAAAAGCAGUAAAGUAAAAGUAAGUCUGGUUCACAUCUAACAUUCGAUAUAAGGAGAGAUGAGAGGAGACAAAACUAGCCAGUUUUAGAAGUUUGUGUUGUGGAACAUGCAGCUGAUUGAAGACGGCUGGUUGAGUCCGUUUCCGUGGUAACUUAAUAAAACGUUGUUGCUCCUUGUUUCAGCAAGGUUUUAUAGGAAACAAGUAUCAUAAAAUACCUUCAACCAAUGGCUUACAAAAACAGGGCACACUCUGUGACGGUCAGGAACGGAGGAGAGGAACAAAUGUGUGACUCCGUCACAACCCUAGUCAAAGCUUUACUUCAAUAUACAGUACAUCUUUACUUUGUAAACCUUCAUAGUUUACUAUUACAUGCUAUACAAAUACUGUUGACCCCUUUUUGUGUUUUAUAAAGUUAAUAAAUGUAAAUCAGUGUGGCUAAUUAUUAUAUUGAAUUUCUUUAUAGAUACUCUUUCAUCACCUAAAUAAAUGAAUAAUCUGUAGUGAUAAGAACACAUCUAAUCUAUCCUUUGUUUCAGGCUGUGACAUUGGUGCUUGGGUUCUUUGUAGUGGAGGCACUGUGUGUAGCUGCAUAUUAUGCCUACAAAACCCACAGUAAGAUAAUGCGCCACGUCAAACCCAACAUGAUCUGGGACCGGUCACUGCUCAGGCCACCAGAGGAACAUGAUGUGCAGGACUGGGUAAGUGGAGAAUUCAAUUUAUUGUGGUAAAUAGGGCCUGAAAUUCCCUGCAAUAGUCUCUUCCUACACGUUGGCCAAGGAAAUCCUUAAUGUGGUUGGUUGGUAUAACUUUACUGAGCAAAAAUAUAAAUGCAACAUUCAACAAUUUCAAUGAUUUUACUGAGUUACAGUUCAUAUAAUCAGUCAAUUGAAAUAAAUAAAUUAGGCCCUAACCUAUAUAUUUCACAUGACUGGGCAGGGGCAUAAGCCCACCCACUGGGGAGCCAGGCCCAGUCAAUCAUAAUACGUUUUUCCCCACAAAAGGGCUUUAUUGAGCCCCACAGUAGAGGUGUCAUAAUACCCAUAAAAACUAGCGGCCAAACAGGGAAAUGUAGGCUUACCGUGGCGUCUCAUUUUUAACCAUCUAAAUCUCUCUUGGACAUGGUGACUUUUAUCGAUAUAUUCGACUCUAUUUACUCUCAGAUUCAAAAAUGCAAAUUAGCAUCAAAGUAGACAUCAUGUAAGACCACAAAUCCCUGCAAACUCCUGCACGUCAUCUCUAGCUGACACCUUUGCUAAAAGGUAUUGUGUCCAUUUCAAACUUGACAAGACAGUUCACAGAAUUGUCUAUUUAAAGAAAUGCAGACAAUUUAUGUAUUACUAAAUUGAGCUAACAUUAGAUAUUUAAUCCAGAGAUUUUUACCUUUGCCUCAGUUCGGAAGUCUCGUCCAGAUCAUGGCAUUUGUAGUUCUUUAUGAUAGCCACAUUAGCAGCUAAUUAGCGUUGGUACCCUUACCCAUUUUUGGGGGGUAAAUACAGGUGAAUAUAUUGAUAAAAGUCCCCUUGUCCUAGAGAGAUUUACACAGUUAUCAAAACAUCACGCCAGGGAAAGCCUACACGAAACACAGCCCUUAUUUUAAGCGUUUCUAAAAUACCCUAUGAUAAGAACGAAUGGUGGAAAAACAAUUGGAACCAAUUGAACCAAUUCAAUUUAUUACAUUUUGAUGACGGUAGUAUGAUAAACUAACAAAAUAUACAUUUUCAUCAACUUUUUGACAUUUGUAUUUUUACUUUUACUGGACCAAAAUACCCCAAAAUCACAAAAUGUAUAAGUACAUGCAAAAAUGUCAUUUUAGCCUGUGGUGCCUGGCCUUCAUUCCUUUUAGGUCCCAACCUAUCACCUGGACAGCUAAAUAGAUAGCAAAGGUGGAUGGUCACCAUUGGGGGAUAACUUAAAGGUGAUAUCAGCUCUCAAGAUAGUGGUUGGAAGAAUAAACAUAGCCUUGUGUUGUGAUCAUUGAGUGGCUGUAGUUUAUGGAGAGUCACAUUACCUCUUUUCACUGUCUCUCGGGUGUUUGUCUAUGGCACACCUGGUUUCACUCGGAUUGAUCAUUAACCAGCCAGCGGAUAACAGGCAUUUUUAGGACCCAUAUAAGGUCCUGGAGUCCUAUUGUGACGUGAGAUGUAUCAUUCAUAAAGUCCAUUAGUCAUUUCAUGGCUGUGUAGUCACUAAAUGGUUUCGGCCAAUCCUGGCACUGAGUUGUUUGAACAGUUAUUUGGCACACAUUGACCAUAUGGAAAUAUUUGUUGUGCAUUAAAUUGAAAGAGCCAUUUACAGUUUGUAAAACAUGAUCCCAAACAGAAAGCUGAAAACAGAGCAAUGAAAAAAAUUAACUAUUCCCUCAUUCAGACAUUCUAUUUCUAAUGGCUAACAAUUCACAGAGAUACUAUAACCUCAUAGUUGUGGAUAUGGUAGCAAUAGCUCCUUGUGAGGAGCUGGUUUCAUAAGUGACCUGGGUAACACUUCAUUUUAAGGGGUCCUUAUAAAUAUUGAAGUUAAUUGUAAUAACUCAAAGUUACCAAGUAGCGAAUCUUGUUACCAUGCUUGUUACAAAUGUGCAAGUUUCCACCAAUUUAGUGUUUUUUUUUCUUCUCAGCUGCAUUCGAUUCAGUAACAACUGUCACAAGGUUGUCAUCUCUCGUGGACAGAUGUGCUGGGUGUCCGAGAUUACAAAGGUUGGAGUCUCAAUAGACUCUAAUUACCGCCAGUGAAUGCACUCUAUAAAAUCUCCACUCAAUGUUGUUGCUAGCACUUGCCUCCAAAAAGUGUACCAUCUGGCUUAAUUAGUUGAGUUUACAGAAACAGAUCAGAUAUAGGUCAACCUCAUAUGGGUGUCGUCCCAGAUUAUAAUUACCAAAUUAACUCAUAAUUAAUGUGUAUGUUACCCAUUUUGACAACCUGAACCUCCUUGCCAUCCAAGUGGGACAAUAAACACACACCGUUUGACAUUACACACAGCGUACUGUAAUAUGUAAUAUCAUAUUAAAUGUAAUAUUUAUCUAAGAAAAUUGAAUUACUAUUACUAUAGUAAUUACUAUGUAAUGACUAUUUAGCUAGUUAAAAUUAAGUGUAUCUUGAGAGGUAAUUACUUGUAAUUACUGUGUACUUAUAUAUAGUACAUUACCCAUGCUCAUUUGAAGGUUUCCGGAAGUACCAUCCAAGUGGAAGGAUGAACACACUAGUACAACACAGAGUACAUGUAAUAUCUGCCUAAGUACAAUGUAAUUACUAGGUACACAGGAUUUAGCUAGUUACAAUAAAGUGUAUCUUGAGGGCUACUUGUAAUUAUUGUGAACCUACAGUGCAUUCGGAACGUAUUCAGACCCCUUGACUUUUUCCACAUUUUGUGACAUUACAGACUUAUUCUAAAAUGUAUUACAUUCUUUUUUUCAUCAUCAAUCUACACAAUCUACACAUAAUGACAAAGGGGAAACAGGUUUUUAGACAUUUUUGCAAAUGUAUUACAAAUAAAAAACAGAAAUACCUUAUUUACAUAAGUAUUCAGACCCUUUGCUAUGAGACUCGAAAUUGAGUUCAGGUGCAUCCUGUUUCCAUUGAUCAUAAUAAUAAUAAUAAUAAUAAUAAUAAUAAUAAUAAUAAUAUGCCAUUUAGCAGACGCUUUUAUCCAAAGCGACUUACAGUCAUGUGUGCAUACAAUUUUUUUUUUUUGUGUAUGGGUGGUCCCGGGGAUCGAACCCACUACCUAUCAUCCUUGAGAUGUUUCUACAACUUGAUUGGAGUCCACCUGUGGUAAAUUAAAUUGAUUGGACAUGAUUUGGAAAGGCACCCACCUGUCUAUAUAAGGUCCCACAGUUGACAGUGCAUGUCAGAGCAACAACCAAGCCAUGAGGUCGAAGGAAUUGUCUGUAGAGCUCUGAGACAGGAUUGUAUCGAGGCACAGAUCUUGGGAAGGGUACCAAAACAUUUCUGCAGCAUUGAAGGUCCCCAAGAACACAGUGGCCUCCAUCAUUCUUAAAUGGGAGAAGUUUGGAAUCACCAAGACUCUUCCAAGAGCUGGCCACCCGGCCAAACUGAGCAAUCGGGGGAGAAGGGCCUUAGUCAAUGGUGCCGGAGAAGAUGGCUGCCGUUUUACAGCCCUCUAACCAAUUGUACAAUUAUGUGUGUUUGUCCACGUUAUUUGUAAUUUAUUCUGUACAUAAUGUUUCUGCCACCGUCUCUUAUGACCAAAAAGAGAUUCUGGAUAUCAGGACAGUGAUUACUUACCUCGUAUUGGACGAAGAUGUUUUCUUCAACGAAUCGGACGCGAAGGAUAUUCUACAGGCACCCGACAAGGAUCAAAUCCCUGUCAUUCGCAUGAGAAAGAGACUGAGAUAUCGUGGACGUAGGUCGGGGUGCCUAGUAAGAAUCCGACGGCGAGCGAGUAAACUGCCUCGUCCAUCAAUCCUAUUAGCCAAUGUUCAAUCAUUUGAAAAUAAAUUGGACGACCUAAGAUUAAGGUUAUCCUACCAAUGGGACAUUAAAAACUGUAAUAUCUUAUGUUUUACCGAGUCGUGACAGAACGACGACAUGGAUAACAUACAGAUGGCAGGAUAUACGCUACAUCGGCAGGAUAGAACGGCUGACUCCGGUAAGACAAGGGGUGGCGGUCUGUGUAUAUUUGUAAACAACAGCUGGUGCAUAAAAUCUAAUACUAAGGAAGUCUCGAGGUUUUUGCUCACCUGAGGUAGAGUAUCUCACAGAGAUGGAAACUCAAGCCUGAGACUCGGACUCGAGUCGCACUUAAGUCGCAAAGAAAAUGACUUGCGACUUGACUUAGACUCGUGAUCAAUUGACUUGAGACUUGACUUGGACUCUAGAUGAGAGAGUUGUGAACAAUGCAAGUCAGUACUGGGAUAAGUUUUUGUUGUGCAUUCUGUCAGAUAAAAAAUUGGCAUUGUAACAAAGAGAAAGUAGUUUAAUACAGAGGGCUGAAAAGCGUUCAAGAACGUCUGUGUCAUUUGUACGUCACUGUAGUACUACAGCUAAACAAUUGUAAUCAGCAACAAUGUCAUCAGGUGGUGAGGCUUUCGUUAUUCAAUUUGGUUACAAGAACCUGCAGUAUAAUGCCAGUGGCAAAAAACGAAAUGCUGUUUGCUAAACGUGUGGAAUUAACAUUAAAGAUGAUGGCGCAACCACCGCGAAAGGUCAGUUAGGCUAGCUAGCUAACAACGUUAUAAUGUGGUUAGACUAAUAAUAGCCUGUUUAGCAGAUGCCAGCUUGAUAUAGCUAGCUUUCUUGUGUGUCAUCUUUUAGCUAACAGGAAAUGUAUUACUGUCUAAUAUUUCUUGAAAGGUUAAGAGGUGGGUUGUCAGAUAGCUAGGCCUACUUGUUAGCAGAGAUUAUUAAGUUACAUCUCGGCGAUAUGCAUAUCACUCUGAAAUGUAAUAUACUUUCUGUUGUAGCCUUUUCCUAGGAGGUAACUUAGUAUAAAACAAGAGUUCAAAGCAUGUAACUUCUUGGACAUUUCUGCUGAAAAAUCCCAUAGACCAUAUAUAUUUGUUUGUGUCCUUGUCCUUCCAUCUCAAGUAAACAACAACUAUCCAUCAUGUUGUUCAUCUGCAGGUUCACUGAAUUCUGCAAAGCAAAUGUGGCCAGUGCAGGGACAGAAGGACAGAGCAGCAUUGACUCAUUCUUUACCACCACAGGUGUCCAUGUGUACAGCCAGGGCCACCCCAGGCAGAAUGCCAUAACAGAGGCUAUACUGCAAGACCUGAUCAUUUCCUGCAACCUGUCUAUGUCCUUAGUGGACAACCCUCACGUUAGGCAUUUCAUAUCAGUGGUAGAUGACAAAUAUAGACCAGUAAGUAGGCCCACGUUGACCAGGCACCUGCAUGACUUAACACUAUAGAUAUAUAGACUGACAGGACCAUGAGGGCCUUCAUGGGAGUAACGGCCCAUUACAUGGCCAUGGAAGAGAAAAAACUCCCAGACUGGAGUCAGUUCUGUUGAGCUAUGAGAGAUUCACAGGGUCACACACUUGGGAAAGAAUCAGUGAUACAUUUGAAGUAAUAUGUGAUAACUUUGGCGUAAAACCUAAAUUAGAUGAUAUCAUAUGUGAUAAAGCUGCAAUAUGAAAAAGGCGUUCAAAGUUUGUUUCCCCAAAGCAAGUAAUGAUCAUGAUGAUGAUGAUGAUGAUGUGGUAUCGAGGCACAGACCAGCCUAUGGGAAUAAUUUUGUGAAGAGUACAAUGCUGAUGUUGAAGCUAUCCAAACCAACUGCAGGAAACAGCGCUUACAAUGCUUUGCCCAUUCAUUACAUAUGGUGAUUAGAGAUGGACUAAAGGAAACAAAAAUCACAAACAGUCUGAUUGCUAAGAUAACUAAACUUUGCAACUUACUACAUACUACCUGUGGUCUGAAAGAAUCAUUUGAAGCUGAGUUCGGAGCCAAUCGUAGUAUCCCUGCUGCUGUGUCUACCAGAUGGAAUUCCAUCCUCUGCCUUGUUAAAGCAGUCACCAAUCUGAAUCAACAAAGCCUCAAUACUCUACUUGAGGCCCAAGCACGCAAGGAGCUCUGCUUAUCACCAAGGGAAUGGAGCCAGCUAUUGGAGCUAUUGGACAUUUUGGACCCUUUUGUCCAGGCCACUGACCUUACUCAGGGGGAGAAAGUGGUGACUCUCAGUGCUGCCCUUCCUUGUGUACUGUCACUCAACUAUCAUCUGCAAAGUAUACUGAGCAAGUCGUCACCUAGUCAGUCUAGUAAAAGCACUGCAGCAGUCACUCAAACGCCGAUUCCAGGGGGUGUUUGUGAAUGUCAGAAUGGAGCACUCGGAUGAACAGUCUACAGAACUUCCAUUUGGUGACAAUGUAUACAUAAUGGCUACACUGCUGGACCCAUCUUUCUGCCUGUUCUGGCUUGAUCAUGAUGUCCUCAUACCACAUGAAGAUAAAGCUGAAUUGAAGGAGAGUCUGAUUGGUAGGUACAAUGCAUUGCAACAUGCAAUGUUUUCUAUGUUACUUGCAUUCAAAUAAUAAUGUAUAAUAUAUACUGUUAUAUUCUUGAUUAUUUACAUAAUUGUAGGACUUUUUUUUAGACCUUGUUUUGGCUGAGGCACGGAAAGUCACCGUUACGGAGAGCAGUAGUGGAGAAGAAGAAGAACAACCACCUGCCAAAACCUCCAGACUGUUCUCUGGCUACCGCAACAAGAUCAGCAAGAUCAGCAAGAUAAAAUCAUCUGUCAGUGCAGAGAUUAUUUGCUACAUUCAAAUAACUUCUGAUGAAAAUGAAGUUGAUUGCUUGGAUUUUUGGAGAAUCCAUGCAAAAUACUUUCCAAAGCUCAAGCAUAUUUUAGGGAUAAAGGUCAUUACGUUUGAUAUAUAGGACACUUUAGUAGUGCAGUUAUUGAACAGUUGUCAUUCAUUUUAGUUUACAUUGAUACUUGUAAUUUAUCUUCCCUCCCCUACAGAUGUUCUGUUUGUGUGACAGAAUGAAGUGAAAUAUAGACAAUGGCUGCCACAAAAUACCAUGCACUUUAAAAUGUUAUGUUUGCUUUUUUUUCAUAUCCGGUACAGUUACUUUUAUUAAUGUAAACUGUCUACAUUUAUUUGUAUUUAAAUAGUGCAUGAUGUGCUUUCUUUCAUACAAGUGUGGACUAAUGAACAAGGGAGUCUCUUCAAAUAAUUUACAAGGUUUAUAGACCUAACCACAGCAGGCAGAAAGCCAUUGCCAAAAGGGACUUGAGACUUGACUUAGACUUAGACUUGGCCCUAAAAGACUUGAGACUUGACUUAGACUUGGCCCUGAAAGGCUAAAGCAGGAAGCACCAGUGACUCGGUUAAUAAGGAAGUGGUCAGAUGAUGCAGAUGCUAAGCUCCAGGACUGUUUUGCUAGCACAGACUGGAAUAUGUUCCGGGAUUCUUCCGAUAGCAUUGAGGAGUACACCACAUCAGUCACUGGCUUCAUCAAGUGCAUCGAUGCCGUCGUCCCCACAGUGACCGUAUGUACAUACCCCAACCAGAAACCAUGGAUUACAGGCAACAUCCGCACUGAGCUAAAGGGUAGAGCUGCCGCUUUCAAGGAGUGGGACUCUAACCCGGACGCUUAUGAGAAAUCCUUCUAUACCCUCCGACGAACCAUCAAACAGGCAAAGAGUCAAUACAGGACUAUGAUUGAAUCGUACUACACCGGCUCUGACGCUCGUCGGAUGUGGCAGGGCUUGAAAACUAUUACAGACUACAAAGGGAAGCACAGCCGUGAGAUGGCCAGUAACACAAGCCUACUAGACGAGCUGAAUCUCUUCUAUGCUCGCUUCGAGGCAAGCAACACUGAAGCAUGCAUGAGAGCAUCAGCUGUUCCGGAUGACUACGUGAUCACGCUCUCUGUAGCCAAUGUAAGUAAGACUUUUAAGCAGGUCAACAUUCACAAGGCCGCAGGGCCAGACGGAUUACCAGGACGUGUACUCCGAGCAUGCGCUGACCAACUGGCAAGUGUCUUCACUGACAUUUUCAACAUGUCCCUGACUGAGUCUGUAAUACCAACAUGUUUCAAGCAGACCACCAUAGUCCCUGUGCCUAAGAACAGUAAGAUAACCUGCCUAAAUGACUACCGACCGGUAGCACUCAAGUCUGUAGCCAUGAAGUGCUUUGAAAAGCUGGUCAUGGCUCACAUCAACACCAUUAUCCCAGAAACCCUAGACCCACUCCAAUUUGCAUACCGCCCCAACAGAUCCACAGAUGAUGCAAUCUCUAUUGCACUCCACACCGCCCUUUCCCUCCUGGAACACCUACGUGAGAAUGCUAUUCAUUGACUACAGCUCAGCGUUCAACACCAUAGUGCCCUCAAAGCUCAGUCCCCUCCUGUACUCCCUGUUCACCCAUGACUGCAUGGCCAGGCACGACUCCAACACCAUCAUUAAGUUUGCCGACGACACAACAGUGGUAGGCCUGAUCACCAACAACGAUGACACAGCCUAUAGGGAGGAGGUCAGAGACCUGGCCGUGGGGUGCCAGGAUAACAACCUCUCCCUCAACGUUUUCAAGACAAAGGAGAUGAUUGUGGACUACAGGAAAAAAAAGAGCACUGAGCACGCCCCCAUUCUUAUCGACGGGGCUGUAGUGGAACAGGUUGAGAGCUUCAAGUUCCUUGGUGUCCACAUGACCAACAAACUAUCAUGGUCCAAACACACCAAGACAGUCAUGAAGAGGUCACGACAAAGCCUAUUCCCCCUCAGGAGACUGAAAAGAUUUGGCAUGGGUCCUCAGAUCCUCAAAAAAAUAUACAGCUGCACCAUCGAGAGCAUCCUGAAUGGUUGCAUCACCUUCCGGUAUUGCAACUGCUCGGCCUCCGACCGUAAGGCGCUACAGAGGUGAUGCAGAAAGACACUCUGCCUUCAUCGCUCACACGACCCUUCCAUCCAUGCAGAAAGCAGUUCAGGGAAUUUCCAAUCCAGGUUUCUGUGCAUCGCCUUCCACCUGAGUGACUGUGACUUCCCUUCUAAGAAUAGAAGGAAAGAAAGGCUGCCAGGCAAGACACUGAUCAUCCCAGACACCUGGAGGAAGAGACUUUUGGCCCCUGAGUUUGAUGGAUGUUGGAGUUCAUUUUCAGUCAGAAUGUCUCACUUUGACUUGGGCUGUUUUGGGAAGUUGUGUGGGCGUGUCUGUGUGUGUGUUUUCAUUGAAAAGGGCUUGUGUUGUGUGUUCAGUGUACUGUUGAACAUCUAUAAAAAAUAUUAAAAAGUUCCCUGGCAUACCCUACUCUGCAGUUCUACUCUCUACUGCUCUUAUGGUGUAUAAGUGGUGCACAGGCUUAGACCUGAGACAAAAGACCUAAUGAGAAUGCUCUUGACAUUCUGGUCAAGAUGCAUUUAAGUGUCUACUGAGACGUUCUGUUUCAUAGCGUUUGUGUUGAACAACAUGGCAUUUUAUUUUGAGGCAAUACACCCUCACAAGCACAAAAACAAAUAUGUAUGAAAUAUUUAAACAAUUACCAAUGUUAUUACGUUCUUUCAGGUGGACUAUGUUGCAGAGUACUACUGUAGUCCUAUCAGAGAAGGCCGUCCCUGACCUCAGGACAGAGAACCGUGUUGUCUCCAAUGGAGCCGGAAAUGUCCGCAUCUACAGUGAGGAGACCUACAAUGACAAUGCGUGA